UAUCGAUAGUUCCGCGGUCACUAGCUACCAUCUCUAGCCCAGCUGGUGUAUACAUUCGAAAAUACCCGAAAAACGAAAACAGCCGAGAAAAUGCGACGCCGCGAACUGCAGACCAUCCAGCUGAAGCUGUCCGAUCUCAAGGAGUACGAGCAGGCCAAGAUGGAGCGCCUGAGAAGCCGCCAGCAGCUGCUGACUCCUCGGACGCCCACGCCCCCGUCCGACAGCGAAGUGCUGCCGCCGGUGACCUCCAGUAGCGUCCCGGCGGUUCUCCUGGCCAGCGGCAACGAACCGGACGAGGAGGCCGCCAAGUCGGAGCCCACAAUCAAGCCCAGCACAUCCGCCAACUAGGAUCAAGGCCCACAUGCGGAUUUUUAACACUUUGAUGGUCACUACCUCGCUGGAUAAGGCACCUAAGCUUAACAAAUAUAUACUUAAGAAUUUACACAGUCUAGGUUAUUUAAUCUUUUCGCAAGAUACAAGCGGAAUUCGAAUCGACAGUGGCAGUUCACUACUGUAUAUUAAGUGUAUUUAAUCGGGCACUAUAAUUAAUUAGUGCCCAACAGGCAGACUGUUUAAUAUAAGAAAGAAUUUAAAAAAGAAGAA